AUGGUAGAACAAGCUUUGGUUCUAAGGCAUAUCAUUUCUAGCAAGGGAAUAGAGGUAGAUCCUGCAAAAAUAUCUGUGAUUUCGCAAUUACCUUACCCUUCUUGGGUGCGAGAGGUUCGAUCUUUUCUUGGGCAUGCAGGUUUCUAUAGGCGCUUCAUCAAGGACUUCAUCAAGAGAGCGCUUCCCUUGUCCAAACUGUUGCAGAAAGACAUUGAGUUUGACUUUGAUGACAGAUGCAAACAGGCUUUUGAUCGGCUAAAGGAAGCUUUGACCACCACUCCGAUCAUUCAGGCACCAGAUUGGACAGCCCCUUUUGAGCUUAUGUGUGAUGCAUCUAAUUAUGCAUUGGGGGCUAUCUUGACACAAAAGAUUGACAAGUUUCCACGAGAUGCGGAGAGGAUUUGCAGGACCUGCGGGCCAUGUCAAAGAGCAGGAGGAUUACUUUCAUGGAGACAACAGAUGCCUCAACAGCCUAUGCUGUUCUGUGAGGUAUUUGAUGUCUGGGGUAUAGACUUUAUGGGUCCUUUUCCUGUUUCUUUUGGUUUCUCUUAUAUUCUCCUUGCUGUGAAUUAUGUUUCAAAAUGGGUGGAAGCUAAAGCCACCAAAACUAACGAUGCUCGGGUUGUUGUAGAUUUUGUUAGAUCUCACCUCUUUUGCAGGUUUGGAGUGCCCAGAGCAAUUGUUAGUGACCAAGGAACCCAUUUCUACAAUAGAUCCAUGCAAGCCUUGCUCAAGAAAUAUGGGGUGGUGCACAAAGUCUCGACACCAUACCACCCCUAA